AUGCGGCGCCCAGGGGCGGCGAGGGCCGGCGGCCGCCUCCUCCUCCUCCUCCUCCCGCGGGGGGCUCUGCUGCUGCUCGGUGUCUGCAAUGCUCUUUCCCUGGAAAUUAAAGCCAGUGCUAAAGUCCGAGCUUUUGUGGGCGAGCAAGUGCUGCUGAAAUGCUCCUUCAAGUCCAGCUCCCCCAUCACCGAGAGCCUGCUGGUGGACUGGACCUACCGGCCCCUCGCUGGGGGCCAGAUGGAGACGAUUUUUCAUUAUCAGUCCAUCCCACACCCCACAACAGUGGGGACAUUCAAGGACAGGAUAUCCUGGGUUGGGAACAUCGCUAAUGGCGACGCUUCCAUCGCCAUCCAAAGCCCCAGGCUCAGUGACAACGGGACGUUCAUCUGCAGCGUGAAGAACCCUCCAGAUGUUUACCACAACAUUCCCCAGACCGUGCUGGUGGUUACAGAGCGGGGCCUGGCCUUCCAGCUGAGCUCAGCAGCUCUGCUGGCCAUCCUGGUGUUCCUCCCUUCUGCCCUCGUGGUCAUUGUGCUGCUGGUGAGGAUGAGGAGGAAAUUCCGGGUGCUGAAGGAGAAAGGAAAAUGUGGCUACAAGAAAUCCUCCAUCGAAGUGUCUGAUGAACCUAAAGGUUUUCCUCAGGAUGAAAAACCUCCAGUACCCUGUGGCACAGUCAGAAUUCACAGUCCAGAGGAGGUAGAGGAGUGUCUGGGGAGAAAGUCCAAGCUGAUGCUGUGCUUUUCCUGCAGGCCAGAGCACUCAGACACAGCUGGCUGCGGGGGCAAACUCAAGCAGUGCUGCCUGAACUGCGUGGACACGGAUGAGGAAGAUCCCUACUGA